GUGUGCGUGUGUGUGUGUGUGUGUGCGUGUGUGUGUGCGUGUGUGUGCGUGCGUGUGCGUGUGUGUGUGUGUGUGUGUGUGUGUGUGUUGGGGGUGGAUACCCCUCAAAGCGCUCAAGUGGUCGCUGGAUUAUCUGGAGGAAUUUGCGCCGCACCAAAGCUCUCCUCUGCCGGACGGACAGCGCGUCUUUGGGCGCUUUGAAAUAAACAAAACAAAGUUGUCAGUUGGUUCCCAUGAGCGGACCCACAUCCUGACCUCAGCCUCGACUAGUCCGUACGGUAUGGCUGUGCGGUCCAGGACGGGAUACUACCAACAGGAGGUAAACAGAACCGCGUGGGAGGUUCCGGAGAGGUACCGGGACCUGAAGCAGGUCGGAACCGGAGCCUACGGGACGGUGUGUUCAGCAUGGGACCGCCGGAUGGGGACGCAGGUGGCCAUCAAGAAACUCCAUCGGCCCUUCCAGUCUAAACUUUUUGCCAAAAGGGCGUACAGGGAGUUGCGACUCCUCAAACACAUGAAGCACGAAAACGUAAUUGGGCUGAUGGAUGUUUUCACCGCUGAGAUCGCGUUGGACCGCUUGCGUGACUUUUACCUGGUGAUGCCGUUCAUGGGCACUGACCUCGGCAAGCUGAUGAAGCUGGAGAGAUUAUCCGAGGACAGGGUGCAGUUCCUCGUCUAUCAGAUGCUGAAGGGACUGAAGUACAUCCACUCUGCAGGGAUCAUCCACAGGGACCUUAAACCUGGAAAUUUAGCCAUCAACCCGGACUGUGAGCUAAAGAUUCUUGACUUUGGCCUGGCGAGGCAGGCCGACGCGGAAAUGACCGGCUACGUCGUGACGCGCUGGUACCGAGCGCCCGAGGUUAUCCUCAACUGGAUGCACUACACACAAACUGGUAAACCCUCGUCACGUUUUGUGUCAUCGGGGGUGGAGGAAAAGGCAAAGAGAAAGCUGACGUUUUUCUCUCUCCUUGCAGUGGAUAUUUGGUCGGCAGGUUGUAUCAUGGCAGAGAUGGUGCUGGGGAAGCCGCUGUUCAAAGGGAGCGAUCACCUGGACCAGCUCCGAGAAAUCAUGAAGAUUACAGGAACCCCAGCGGCUGACUUUGUUGUGAAGCUACACAGCCAAGACGCCAAAAACUACAUCAGAAGUCUGCCAAAGGUGCCAAAAAAAGACUUGCACUCCCUUUUCUCCAAAGCUAGCUCAAAUGCGGUGUGCGUCCUGGAAAAGAUGCUGCUCCUGGACCCGGAGCGGAGGGUGAGCGCCUCGGAGACGCUCGACCUGCCUUUCUUCAGCGAGUACGGAGAGGCUGAGGAGGAGAGUGAGGCGCUGCCUUAUGAUCAGACCAUGGACAACACAGACCUGCCGCUGGACCAGUGGAAACGUCACACUUUCACAGAGAUACUGACCUUCAGGCCGCCCAGGGACUCCAAAGAGACAUCACUUUAGGACCAGACACACAUACAUACACACAUCGUGCUCACGUACACACACCUGCACCCCCCAAAAAUAUAUAUUUUCUUGUUGACUUUGACUGUGUUCGUGUCGGAGUAAUAGAUGCGAUUAGUUUGUUAAAGUUCCAAUAAAUGCGAUAUGCUCAGUUGUUAA